UUUUUUUCUUGAAUGAUUUCACUCAGUUACCUCUUUAUUCUUUUCAAAGAAGCCAAAAAUAUUUAAUGUGGAGGGAACACAAAGAUUAAUGAAAUGUCUGCAAAGCCAACUUGUCUGAUAGUGGCGAGCGCGUCUCCUCAAGGAGUGUCCGCGAAGUCUUUCCAUCAGUCCUUCAGUCUCUGUACCUCAGCGUUUAAUCUCCAGACAGCCACACCUGGGGGGAAGCCAAUAGACUUUGUUGGAGUUGAUGAAAGCACUGCCAGAUGGGUGCAGGACUUCAAUGUGAAACCUUACGCAACACCGGCCAAACUUGAAUCAAUAGAUGGUGCCCGAUACCAGGCGCUGCUCCUCCCUGACUGCCCUGGAGCGCUGAAUGACCUGGCACACAGCGGCUCUCUGCACCGCAUCCUCAAACAUUUCAUCUCUCACCAAAAGCCUGUUUGUGCAGUGGGGCAAGGAGUGUCAGCUCUGUGUUGUGCCACUGAGGGACAGAGCUGGAUCUUCAGUGGCUACAGUUUAACGGGGCCAUCAGUGUUUGAACUGGUGCGGAGGCCUGACUUUGCCAACCUGCCCUUGAUUGUGGAAGACUUUGUGAAAGACAGUGGAGGGUCAUACACAGCAAGUCAAGAAGAUGCUGUGCAUGUAGUCAUAGACAGACACCUGGUAACUGGUCAGAAUAUGCAGUCGACCUCACUUGCUGUAAAUAAUCUAAUCCUGUUGUGUAGUGCCAAGUAAAGAUAGACAAGUUUGAAUCAGGAGC